AUGGAUAAGAAAAGCACAAAUGAAUUUCUUGAUGAAAAGUUGGCUGAAUGCAAUGAGACUCCAGGCAGAGUUGGAUCCCAGAGCUCAGAUUUGGAUUCCUCUGCAACACCUGGAAAUGCAGUGGAUGUGAACAAUGAAAGCUCGUCAGAGGGCUUUAUUUGUCCUCUGUGUAUGAAAUCUCAUGGAUCUGCUGAAGAACUCUUCAAGCAUUAUGAAGCAGUUCAUGAUUCUGGCAUCGAUUCAAGCCACGGAGGAGAAGGUCAUCCAUUACCCAAAAGAGAUGAAAUAUCACUACUCAGACAAGAAAUCCAAGACUUGCAAACUUCACUUAAGGAGGAAAGGUGGUACUCAGAAGAAUUGAAGAAGGAACUGGAAAAGGUGCAAGGGCAGCAGCAGCAAGAGUCUAAGCCUGAUGGUUUGACACCUGCAUCUACAGAACUUGAAUCAUUAGAACGGCAACUAGAAGAGAUCCAAGUAGAAAAUUUUAAUAUUAAGCAAAUGAAAGACCUGUUUGAACAGAAAGCAGCUCAACUGGCUACUGAAAUUGUGGAUCUUAAGGCCAAGUAUGAUGAAGAAAUGAGUCUUCGAGAAGGUGCUGAGCAGAAAGUGAUGAAUUUGACACAAGAAUUGCAGAGAGAGAGAACUGUAAUAGAGGACCUGAAGACCGAGCUGCUGCAAAGGCCUGGUCAAGAGGAUGUAGCUGUUCUAAAGAAGGAGCUGGUUCAAGUUCAGACGCUGAUGGACAAGAUGACUUUGGAACGUGAGAGAGAAUCUGAAAAACUGAAAGAUGAGUGCAAGCACUUGCAGGCAGAAUAUAUUAACUCAGAGGCCACCAUAAAUCAGUUGAGAGCUGAGCUUGCCAAAGGUCCUCAGGAGGUUGCUGUGUACGUGCAGGAACUACAAAAACUACAAAGCUCAGUUAAUGAACUAGAACAGAAAAAACAGAGUUUGACAGAAAAGCUUCUGAAGAAAGAACUGGAUUACACUGAAUUAGAAGAAAGGCACAGUGAAGUAUCUGUGAGUAAAAAGAACAUACAGGCAAGCCUACAUCAAAAGGAUCUGGACUGCCAGCAGCUUCAAGCAAGGUUGUCUGCAUCUGAAGCUUCAUUGCAGAGGUUACAGACAGAACUAGGUGAGAAGGGAGAAGCAAGCCAGAAACUUAAGGAAGAACUGUCAGAAGUAGAGACUAAGUACCAGCAUCUCAAAGCAGAGUUUAAACAGCUGCAGCAACAGAGGGAAGAAAAAGAACAACAUAGCCUACAGCUCCAAAGUGAGCUCAGUCAAUUGCACAAUAAACUUCUGGAAACAGAGCGCCAGCUAGGCGAAGCACAUGGUAGGCUUAAAGAACAGAGACAGUUGUCUAGUGAAAAACUGAUGGAUAAAGAACAGCAGGUGGCUGAUCUGCAGUUAAAACUAUCCCGUGCUGAAGAACAGCUAAAGGAAAAAGCAGCAAAUUUCACCGAAUUGCAGCAUCAGUUAGAUAAAGCCAAGCAGCAACAUCAGGAGCAACAGACUCUUCAGCAAAAUACUACAGCAAAACUGCGAGAAGCCCAGAAUGAUUUGGAGCAAGUAUUACGUCAGAUUGGAGAUAAGGACCAAAAAAUUCAAAACCUUGAGGCCUUGCUGCAAAAGAGUAAAGAGAACAUCUCCCUGCUAGAAAAGGAAAGAGAGGACCUGUAUGCAAAAAUUCAAGCUGGUGAAGGCGAAACUGCAGUUCUUAACCAGCUGCAAGAAAAAAAUCAUAUGUUGCAAGAACAGGUCACUCAGCUAACAGAGAAGCUGAAGAAUCAGUCAGAAAGUCAUAAGCAAGCCCAAGAGAAUUUGCAUGAGCAGGUGCAGGAGCAGAAAGCACAUCUAAGAGCUGCUCAAGACCGUGUGCUCUCCCUGGAAACAAACAUUGCUGAACUAAAUAGCCAGCUCAGUGAAAGCAAAGAGAAAGUAUCCCAACUUGAUAUACAGAUAAAAGCAAAGACUGAACUGCUGCUUUCAGCAGAAGCUUCAAAAACUGCUCAGAGAGCAGAUCUUCAGAAUCACUUGGACACUGCCCAGCAUGCACUACAAGAUAAACAACAGGAGUUAAAUAAGGUCAGCACUCAGCUGGAUCAGGUUACAGCUAAGUUGAAUGAUAAGCAGGAGUAUUGUACACAGCUGGAAGCUAAUCUUAAAGAGUACAAAGAGAAACACUUUCAUUUAGAACAGAAAACUGAAGAACUAGAGGGACAGCUUAAGAAACUUGAAGCCGACAGCCUUGAAGCCAAAGCAAGCAAAGAACAGGCUCUCCAGGAGUUGCAACAGCAGCGGCAGCAGUGUACAGAGUUAGGCCUUAGGACAGCAGAAUUAAGCAAUCAACUCAAAGCAGAAAAAGAAGUUGUGUCUAAUACUAAAUUGGAUCUGCAGAAGAAAUCUGAUGCCCUUGAACAAGCAAAACAGCAUAUUUCAAAGCAAGAAGGAGAAAAAGCAAGCCUUAAAAGGGACCUUGAGAAAUUAAAUCAAGAGACAACCAAACAACUAAAGGAACUAGAUGGCAAGAUACAAGUAAUGAUGUCAGAGCUGCAGCAAACCAAGUCAGAGAAAGAUACUUUAUUAAAAGACCUCACCGUUACCAAAGAUAAACUAUCAAAAACUAGUGAAUCCUUGAAAUAUACAAAAGAUGACUUAGAAAAGGAGAAACAGAAAGGAAAAGCAGCUUUGGCAGAAACGGAAAAAUCAUGCCAAGAUUUAAAACAUCAACUCCAAGUGCAAACAGAAUCUGUUGCUAAAGAACGGAAUGAGUUGAAAAAUUCACUUGAAAAACAGGAAGGGAUUUCUAAGCAGUUGACAGUAGAGCUUGAUUCAAUACGAGGACAAAUAGUGGAAUUUCAGAGUCUUCUGAAAGAGAAAGAAAAGAGCGAACAGAAUCUCCAGGGGAAACUGAGAGAGCUAAAGGAAUCGUUUGAUCAGAAGAAAAGACAAAAUGAAAUGUUGCAGGCUGAAUUAAAAGCUGCCCUUUUGGAAAAGGCAGAAUUAGAGAACAAACUGCAGCAACAGACAACACUGUCAGCACAGGAACUUAAAGCAGAGAAAGGAAAAUUAGCAGAAUUGCAGAAAGUCCACGAAAAACAUCAAGAAAAUAUGGAAAAACUUCAGCUGGAUCUUUAUGGUAAAGAGUCUGAACUGCUGGCAACAAGGCAAGACCUUAAGUCCAUAGAGGAGAAACUCGCUUUGGCUCAGGAGGAUUUGGUUUCAAGCAGGAAUCAAAUUAGUAGUCAUAAUCAGUUGAUCCAAGAACUUAAGAAAAUGCAGUCUACCUUGGAACAGGAUGUGUCAAAAAAAGAACAGCACCUGGAGGAGCAGAAAAAAAUGUUGCAAGAAAUCCAGAAAGACAAGGUUUUGAAAGAAAAAGAUUUGGUGAAUGAAAAAUGUAAAACAACAGAACUCCAGGAAAUAAAAAAUAGGCUAGAAAAAGAGACUGCUAGACUGAAUGAAGAGCUUAGAACCUACAAGCAAGAACUGCAGAAGGAGGUGGCAAAUCUGAAGGAUGCCAAACAACUAUUGAUUCAGCAGAAACUAGAACUACAGGGCAGAGUAGAUAACAUGAAUUCAGCCCUGGAUCAGGAGAAGAAGAACCAGCAAAUUCUAAGAGAUAAGCUGAAGAAGAAAGAGGAAGACCUGAAGAAGGAAUAUGCUGAGCUUGAAGCUAAACUGCGUUCAGAGAUAAAAGAGAAAGAAGAAGAAAACAAAAAACACGAGGAGGAAAAGGCCAAGCUCGCCAUGCAGUUCACAGCUCUGAAUGAAAACCUGGCCACAAUGAAGAAAGAAUGGCAGAGCAGCCAGAGGAGAGUCAGCGAGCUAGAGAAGCAGACAGACGACUUGCGUGGGGAGAUAGCGGUAUUAGAAGCAACAGUGCAAAAUAAUCAGGACGAGAGGAGAGCAUUGCUGGAGAGGUGUAUCAAAGGUGAGGGAGAAAUUGAGAAGCUUCAAGCCAAACUUAUGGAAAUGAAGAAAAAGUUGGACAACACAACUGCAGCAAUGCAAGAGCUAGGCCGAGAAAACCAGUCGCUACAGAUCAAACACACGCAAGCCCUGAACAGGAAGUGGGCAGAAGAUAACGAGGUACAGAAUUGUAUGGCCUGUGGGAAGAGCUUCUCGGUGACUGUGAGAAGGCAUCACUGUAGACAGUGUGGAAAUAUCUUUUGCGCUGAGUGCUCAGCAAAGAAUGCCUUAACUCCUUCUUCUAAGAAGCCUGUCCGGGUCUGUGAUACUUGUUUCAAUGACUUGCAAGGAUAACUGGUUAUCUCAAAUGAUGUGUGUUACACUAAAAUUAGAAUUUCUGUUGAUGCACUUCGUACAGCACUCAGACUACUAUUCAGUUUGGACAAUGAUUGUAACACUUGGCAAAAUUUAGUAUAUUUUAAAAUGUUUAUUGAUACCAAGUAAAACUAUUGUAUUUUUUGUGAGACAUGGGCUCAAAUCAUCCAUAGCUUAUUGCCAUUUACCCUGGAAAAGAGAUUUUAUGUCUAGAUUAGAAAUACCCAGUUACUUGUAAAUAAAGUUUAAACAGAGGAGUAACAAUGUAUUUUUUUAUCUUUAAUUUUUUGUUCAAAAGAAAAAUGUUUAUGUGAUAUUGCAGCUAAUUUUUGUUUCCUUUUGAAAUGAGGAAGUUGCAAAAAUCUGCCAGGAUUUUGUGUAUCAAAUAUUGCUGCUUUAAUGGCAUAAUUACAAUUAAAUUGUUGCAUUUAA